AUGCGGAUGCUGUCAGCUGUAUGUUUUUCUGUUUCAGGUUGCCUCAAGACUCAAGGCACAGCCACAGAGGCUCGUCAUAAGAUUAGGAACACCCUGGCAGAAAAAGUACUUGCGGCAGGGGUGGUGACAGGGGCGAAGUGGAAUAAUGCAAGCUAUGCAAUUUUAUACCAAGUACGGAUCACUAGUUUUAGCUGGCUAGAUUUACCACUCGUGAGCUGCGCCACAGCAUCAAACCUCGCGUCCGGGACGCUGGAAAACUUCCCUGCCAUUGCUGUAGCUGGCUUGCUGAAGAAGCUUGCCGUGUCAUCUAUUUCCACUCGGGUAAAAUUGAGGUCCGUCUUCAGUCACACUAUGGCGGAGAUAAACAUUCACGACGCCGCAUGCCAAGUAGAUCGCCCAGGCUGCGCACUUUGCGACCAGCUAAAGGACGUGUAUCUCUGGAGCUUCGGCAUAUACAUCGAGGAUCGCAACUCUCAGCCCACUUCGCGCCUGAGCCAUACUUGUGAAAAGAAAUUUCGUAUUCAAAGAAAUACAAUGUCUUUACGAGGAGUUAAGCAACGCCAUGCCCGCGACGCUAAUACAAACAUCGCCGCCAUGGCACCUCCAAACAGGUCAAAAAGCCGCACCUUGACGUGGGACGAGAUGCCCGAAUGGCGGCGCGAUAAUAAGUACAUACUUGGCGGCUAUCGCCGAGAAAAAGCAGACUUCCUCGAGAUCCUUGCUGGCCUGACCUUUCUGCAUAACGAGACGUGCAAUGUGUAUACUCACUUAAUUAGCGCACUCCUACUGCCGCUUAUCGCGGUCCCUAUUAUGCGCAAUAUCUCACAGACGCAAUUACCGACCGUGUCAGGAGUCGAUUACGCCAUGUUUGGUAUCUUCUUUGUAGGCGCAGAGUGCUGUUUGCUUUUCAGCGCUGCCUACCACCUGGUCGGCCCAUACUCGCACCCCGUCGAGCAGUUCUGGCAUCGGAUGGACCUGCUAGGUAUCGUCAUUGUGACGGCGGCGACUUUUGUGCCUGGCAUUUAUUACAUCUUCUUCCGCGAGCCUGCUUGGCAGAAAUUACACUGCGCCGUCGUCGUCAUCUUGGGCCUUUUUACUGCGGCGCUAAUUUGUAUACCUGUCUUCCGAACGCUGCGCUGGCGAAAGGUUAGGGUCGGUGCCUAUGCUGUAUUUGGUGCCUCAGCAUCCAUACCCCUACUACAUGGCACUCGGCUGUACGGCCUUGAGUAUAUGAUUCAGUACUCUGGGAUGAAGUGGUAUCUACUUGAACUUACUAUAUACGGUGGUGGAGCUUGUCUUUACGCGUUUCGAAUCCCCGAGUGCUUCGCUUCGGGCAAGUUCGACAUUUUAUGCAGCUCUCAUCAAAUCUUCCACGUCACUAUCUUCUGUGCAAUGUGUGUACACAUUCUAGGUUUAGUGCAGGCUUUCACCGCGUGCCACGGAUUAGAUAUUGGCAACAUCUAG